UUCAGACAUUUGUUUUACGAUAAUGCGCAAGUAAUAUCUAAAAUUAUCAAGAAAUUAAAUUAUUAAUGUGACUAUCUAAAAUUAUUUUAAAUAGUUAUCAAAUUAAUCCAAUAAUUAAAUUGGAAUAAUUUAAUCAUGAGUGGAACAGUUAAUUGGGCAAAAUAUGUCGACGAACAAGAACAUAUUACAAAAAAAGUUUCCAACAUAGCUUUAAAAAGCAAUUCACCCCCAUUAAAAUCACCCACAACUGAUGAUCCAUCAUCGGAUGAUGCUCCAGAUAAAUGUAAUCCCGCCGAAGCUAGUUUAUUAUUAAAAGUAAUUCGUAAAGGUUUGGUAGAAUGUAAAACAGAUAUUGAAGUACAAAGAAGAGAUCCUUCAUCACCGCUCUUUUCAGUCAAAACAUUUGAAGCACUUCAUUUAAAACCAAACUUAUUAAAAGGAGUGUAUGCAAUGGGAUUCAAUGCACCAUCAAAAAUUCAAGAAACUGCCUUACCUACAUUAUUGGCUGAUCCACCGCAAAAUAUGAUAGCACAAUCUCAGUCUGGUACUGGUAAAACAGCAGCAUUUACACUAGCCAUGCUAAGUCGCGUUGAUGUUACGAAAGAUUAUCCACAAGUGUUAUGUUUGUCUCCUACAUAUGAAUUAGCCAUUCAAACGGGAGAAGUAGCCGCAAAAAUGUCUCAAUUUUGUCCAGAAAUUCGUCUUAAAUAUGCAGUUCGUGGAGAAGAAGUUGCGCGUGGUUCAAAACUAACGGAUCAUAUUAUUAUUGGAACGCCAGGCAAGGUUUUGGAUUGGGGUGUAAAACUGAAAGUGUUUGAUCUUUCAAAAAUAACAGUGUUUGUUUUGGAUGAAGCUGAUGUUAUGAUUGCAACCCAAGGGCAUCAAGAUCAAUGUAUUAGGAUUCAAAAAUGCUUAUCACCCAGCUGUCAAAUGAUGUUCUUUUCUGCCACUUAUGAUCAAGAAGUAAUGGAUUUCGCUGGAGUCAUUGUACCAAAUGCUCUUAUUAUACGAUUACUAAGAGAACAAGAAAGUUUAGACAACAUUAAACAAUUUUAUGUAAAAUGUCAAAAUGCACAAGAAAAAUAUGCAGCUAUCACAAAUAUUUAUGGCGUGAUUGGAGUCGGUCAAGCUAUUAUAUUUUGUCAUACAAGAAAGACAGCUGCUUGGUUAGCUGAAAAAAUGACAAAAGAUGGACAUGCUGUUGCUAUUUUAACUGGUGAUUUAACUGUUGAACAAAGAAUUGCAGUUUUAGAUAGAUUUAGAGCUGGCAAAGAAAAGGUCUUGAUUACGACUAACGUUAUGGCACGAGGUAUUGAUGUUGAACAAGUAACAAUUGUUGUGAAUUUUGAUAUGCCAAUGGAUGUGAAUCGUAAAGCGGAUUGUGAAACGUACUUACAUCGAAUUGGUCGUACCGGUCGUUUUGGUAAACCUGGUAUAGCAAUUAAUUUAAUUGACUCAGCUGAAUCAAUGGCAAUAUGUAAUGCUAUUGAAGAGCAUUUUGGAAAGAAAAUUAAAUACCUUGAUACAGAGGAUUCAGAUGAAAUUGAAAAGAUUGGUACAUAAUAUUUGCAAGGAGGCGUUAUAUUUUUGUAUAGUGAGCUCGUUCAUCAAAUUUUUUUCGAUUUAUUCAUUAAGCAU